GAGAAUAAGGAGCAACUUGAAAACGUGUAUGCGGUUGGACCAAUACUAGGCAAAGGGGGAUUUGGUACUGUUUACACGGGAGUGUGUAGAGAAACCGGAAGACAGGUGGCCAUCAAGUACAUAGCGAAGGACAAAGUUUCGGAGUGGACAAAGAUGAACGGCCUAAUUGUGCCCAUUGAGAUCUGCCUGCUACAGAGGCUCUCCAAUCUAGGGGAUGGAAUCGUCCACAUGUUGGACUACUUCAGAGAGUCGGAAAACUUUGUUCUCGUUAUGGAAAGACCAGAUCCCUGCGUGGAUUUAUUCGACUACAUCACUGAGAAGGGGGGUCUGGAGGAAGAGGAGGCUAAGAAUUUGUUCAAACAGUUGGUGGAGACCGUCAUAAAAGUGCAUGCUGCUGGAGUUAUCCACAGGGAUAUCAAGGAUGAGAAUUUGAUCCUACAGCUGGAUACGCAGAGGUUGAAGUUGAUUGAUUUUGGAUCCGGGACAUUCUAUAAGGACACGCCUUUUACGGAAUUUGAAGGAACUCGAGUAUACAGCCCCCCAGAGUGGGUGACGGAGAACAAGUACCAGGGCCUACCUGCCACGGUGUGGUCCCUGGGCAUCCUGCUUUACGACAUGGUGUGUGGGGACAUUCCGUACGAACACGAUGAACAGAUAGUUAGGGCUGAAGUCCAUUUCAGAGUUCCCCUCAGUUUUGAGGUUCGGGACCUGAUACGAAAAUGCCUGUCGGUCGAUCCGAACGACAGACCCACUUGCGAACAAAUCCUGGCCCAUCCCUGGUUCUACACCAACAACUUGCCG